GAUGUAUUUUCCUAGGAGAUCAGGACUCCCUGAGAGCCUCUUGAUCGGCAAUAUUUCCCCGCGCCUCACUAAGAAGGGGACUAACUGCUAACUUAAUCACUUCGUCACUUUCUGAAUAGUAAUGCUGAGACAAGCGACCGUACUACCCACGCACGGACUGGCCAGUCUCUCUUUGAAAGAUCUGCCCGAUUCAUCGAUUGGAGAUGUCCCCAAUGCCUAGAUACAACUGAUGAUCACUGAUACCUUAUCUGCUGCUUACAACUCCGGUACCGCUAUAGCUCGCUUAACAUACUUUAUGAUCUCAUGAACCGCGCAGCCGAAGGCUCCGCUCCUCUCGGGAGAGCGAGCUUACAGCAAUCUCGAAGCCAUGUCGACAACCCCUCUGCAGCUCUACAAGGCGCGACAGCGGCCUUUAAUUCAUUCGCAUCGAGGAAGCCUGUCGGUACACCUCCAAAGAAUACCGAAAACGCAACCAAAGCGGCUGUCCUGGCAGGACGACCGGUUCGUCCGCCGCCAGCAUCCAGCCAGACACCGAGUUCCGAAACGUCCUUAGAACCCGAAGCUCGAUCCGUGAGGGAAAAGAUUGGCAUGUUUACAGAUAGUCCGGUAUCGAUAUCGACGCGAGAUAUACAUGAUGAUAAUAAGUUUGCUACAUCCUCACCGAGGUCACAGACCCCGCAGCACAUAGCUGCACAGGUCGCGGCGGAGAGAUCCCAACCGGGGAUUCCAUUCGAUCGUAGCUCGACACGGACAAAUUCGCCUGAGAAGAUCGAUCGUGCACCAAGCAAAGCCAGUCAACGAACGGAUGAAUCUCUCAAAAUGUCGCAUGGCGCAUACCAAGAUAAUAAUGGCAGCAACGAGUUGCUGGCACCAAAGCCUCUCCGCAAGCUAUCGUCACAACACACUGCCAUCGGGGCCGCACUCAGUGCGGAUAAAGAUGCCUGGGACAAAUUUGAUUCUCAACUUGCGGUGGCACCCAAGAGCCCUGGCACUCCAAGCCUUGCAGGUUCUGCUAAUCCCCCUAGACUGCCCCCUAGGACAGAUAUCAGCGCGGCACCGGAACCUUCCAAAAGACUUUCAAUCAGUCGAAAACCAGUGGCUUCCCAGCUUUCCCUCAAUUCCCAAGAUUCGGCAAGUUACGGCCAGAAAGAAUACCAGUCCGUACCACGUGCUAGCACGUUUCCGUCCACAUCGACAUCCGACGAACGAAAACCUCCGCUUCCACCACGCCGGUCCACGGCGGGGGUGAAUGGAUCAUCGCCAGGAGGCACUGUCGAUUUGCAAGAUACUUCACGCUCUAUUUCUAGAAAUCAUACACGGGAUGUGGCCAGCCCGGCGCUGUCACAGCCUCCUCCUCCGCCUCCCAGUCGUACACCGGCUUCACUACGACCGCAGACGAAUAGUGUUGUUGGCCAUAUCAAUAACAAUGGCGCCAGUGUCUUCGAGGAACCGGCAGGGAUGGAUGAAAAUUCGUUGUCGGAUGCAAUCGUGGCUUCAUCGCUCGCGUCAUCCUAUGCGCCAACGCCAGUUGAGAUCGCACCUCCUCUACCACAACGGCGGCCAAGGUCUCGCUCAUCGUUAUUAUUGCACCGAACAGGUGACAACCAGAGGUCUCCCAGUCCUCCAAAAGGUAUGAGACAGACUCUUAGAGACCACUCGAAGCUAGAGGGACAAGACGAACACCAUCAUCACAAGCAUAUGAUCCGCAUCAUCAAAAAGCAUCCUCAUAAGCACCACGAGGGAGAUCGAAAGAGAUGGCGUAAUGAGAUCACCGAGAAGGAACGCAAGAGAUAUGAAGGAGUCUGGGCCGCCAACAAAGGGUUAUGGGUCCCAGAUAAAUCCCUUCUUCCGCCCUCUCUGCGCACUCAGAACUCCCACACCCUCCCUCAGGACCCAUCUGACAUGGUCGUGAAUGUGGUGGUCAAAGACAUAUGGUCCAGAAGCCGAUUACCACCUAAUUUCCUGGAGAAGGUUUGGGAUCUUGUGGACCGGCAGGGUAUUGGCAUGCUCACCAGAGACGAGUUCGUGGUUGGUAUGUGGUUAAUCGACCAGCAGUUGAAAGGUCGUAAGCUCCCGGUUAAAGUAUCCGACAGCGUGUGGGAAAGCGUAAAACAUGUAUCGGGCAUCAAACUGUUGGAUUAGAAGUUAUAGACGGG